UGAACAAGAAGAAGCGGAAGCAGAAGAAGAAGAGCAGCAUUAUGUCGGCUAAAGGGCCUUCCAGCGGUCAGUGAAUGCGUGUUUGUUAGUACAUAAUCAUAUUUCUUUAUAGCUGGUUACUUCUAGUCGUUUGGAAAUCAGUAGCUGCGGUUAGUGAGCGGGUUCAUACCGGCGCUAGAGACACGUUAGCUCGGAAGCUCAGCCUGUGAACCUACAAACUACAGUUAAGCAUGGCGCUGAAGUCCGGAGAGGAGCGUCUGAAAGAGAUGGAGGCUGAGAUGGCUCUGUUCGAGCAGGAAGUUCUUGGUGGUCCAGUACAAGUAUCGGGAAGUCCACCUGUCAUGGAGGCAGUCCCUGUAGCUCUGGCUGUCUCGGCGGUUCCAGUAGUGCGGCCCAUUAUAGGCACCAAUACCUAUAGACAGGUCCAGCAGACAUUAGAAGCCAGAGCUGCUAGUUUUGUUGGACCCCCGCCACAAGCUUUUGUGGGACCAGUUCCUCCAAUACGUCCUCCUCCUCCUCCCAUGAUGAGACCAGCCUUUGUUCCACACAUCCUGCAGAGACCAGGUGGUCAGAGGUUGCAGAUGAUGCGUGGUCCUCCAGUAGCACCUCCUUUGCCCCGACCUCCUCCACCUCCACCCAUGAUGCUUCCUCCUUCCCUGCAGGGCCCAAUGCCUCAGGGAUCCUCUCAGCCUAUCCAACCCAUGGCUGCCCCACCUCAGGUUGGUGACAUGGUUUCAAUGGUGUCAGCCCCAGCUGCAAGACAAGUAGCCCCGCCUCCCGUUAAACCAACACCAUCAAUCAUCCAGGCAGCACCAACUGUGUACUGUGCUCCUCCUGCCUCUGUUGGACUUAAAAGAACUGAAGUUCAUGCUCAGAGACAGGCCCGAAUGGAGGAACUGGCAGCGCGGGUGGCAGAGCAGCAGGCUGCAGUAAUGGCAGCAGGUCUGCUCAACAAGAAAGAGAGUGAAGACAGCAGCACCGUGAUUGGACCAAGCAUGCCAGAGCCUGAACCCCCCCACACUGAGCCUGUGGAAACUACCACUGAAGACAAAAAGAAGUCAAAAGUAGAGAAGGUGAAGAAGUGUAUCCGCACAGCAGCAGGGAUUACCUGGGAGGACCACAGUCUGCUGGAGUGGGAAGCAGAUGACUUCCGUAUAUUCUGUGGUGAUCUUGGUAAUGAGGUCAAUGAUGACAUACUGGCCAGAGCAUUCAGCAGAUACCCGUCUUUCCUCAGAGCGAAGGUGGUGAGAGACAAACGGACUGGGAAAACCAAAGGUUACGGCUUUGUGAGCUUCAAAGAUCCGAAUGACUACGUGAGAGCCAUGAGAGAGAUGAACGGGAAGUAUGUGGGCAGUCGUCCCAUCAAACUGAGGAAGAGCAUGUGGAAGGACCGCAACAUCGAAGUGGUUCGCAAGAAACAAAAAGAAAAAAAGAAACUGGGCCUGAGAUAGAGUGUGUGUGUGUGUGUGUGUGUGUGUGUGUUCUCCAGGAGGCAGACUACUCUGUGAGAGCACGACUCUUUAUUUGAUCUGUCUAAUCAGGAAGUGCUGAGUUAGAACAGGUCUUAACUUUUUUCUUUUUU